UUUGACGUCACAAUAGGGUCGCCGCAGCACAAGGGCUCGCCAUUUUAGCUGGCGUUUGUAUGCCGCUCUCUGCACAGAGAUUCUGGCGAUACAUCGACUCGGUUUCUAAGUCACUUGCAACAAAAAAUGCAAGGAAACAGGGGUCCUCACCAGAAUCAUGGUCCAAACCGCCAGUCUGGCCAGGGAGACCAGAAGAAACAAGGUGGAAAUGCUAACGGUCAGGAGCCGAGCGACACUUCUCGCCCGAACGAGGCCUUCACGCUGGACUUGCAAAGCUUCAAGAAGCCCGGUGAGAAAACGUUCACUCAGCGCAGCAGGCUCUUUGUUGGAAACCUACCUACCGGAGUCACGGAAGAAGACAUUCAAAAGCUGUUUGCAAAGUACGGCAAGGCCACCGAGGUUUUUGUCAACAAGGACCGAGGCUUCGGCUUCAUCCGCCUGGAGACAAGAAUAAUCGCAGAGAUCGCCAGAGCUGAGCUCGAUGAUGCCCCGUUCAGAGGUAGACCCAUUCGCGUUAGGUUCGCAACACACGGUGCUGCUCUGUCUGUGAAGAAUCUGCCAGAGUUUGUGUCCAAUGAGCUGCUGGAGGAGGCCUUCUCAGUGUUUGGGCAGAUAGAGCGAGCUGUGAUCAUCGUGGACGACCGAGGCAGGCCCACUGGAAAGGGGAUAGUGGAGUACACUUCCAAACCAGCUGCAAGAAAGGCUCUGGACAAAUGCGGCGACGGCGCUUAUCUGCUUACUGCCUUCCCUCGUCCCGUUACAGUGGAGCCGAUGGAGCAGCUGGACGAUGAGGAGGGUCUGUCCGAAAAACUGAUCAACAAGAACCAGCAGUACCAUAAGGAGCGUGAGCAGCCUCCCCGAUUUGCUCAGCCUGGCUCCUUUGAGUAUGAGUAUGCCAUGCGCUGGAAGGCCCUGAUGGAGAUGGAGAAGCAGCAAUACGAGAUGGUGGACCGCAACAUGAAGGAGGCCCAGGAGAAGUUGGAAGCCGAGAUGGAGGCGGCCCGACACGAACAUCAGGUGAUGCUGAUGAGACAAGACCUGCUGAGGCGGCAGGAGGAGCUGCGCAGGAUGGAGGAGCUCCACAGCCAAGAAGUGCAGAAGCGAAAGCAGGCGGAGCUCCGUCAAGAGGAGGAACGCCGGCGGAGGGAGGAGGAAAUGCGCAUCCGCAAUGAAGAGAUGAUGAAGCGUCAGCAGGAGGGCUUCAGGGGCAGCUUCCAGGGAGAGAGCCGGGAGCAAGACAUGAGGAUGCACAUGGGCCCCUCUGGCAUGGUGGCAGAGAACGCUCCCCUCAUGGUGGGCCAGGGCAAUGCCAACAUGCCAGGAGGUCAGGGUGGCUUCCCCAGAGGCCUGCCCGGACCGGGGGACUAUGUGCCAAACAAACAACGUAGAUUUUAAAUCCUGUUUGCAUGCCCAACUGUAUUUUUUUUAAUUGUUAUUUUUAGGUUUGCGUAUGUCACAGCUCAAACAUUUACUUUUGGUCUUUAAAAAGUGGCAUCUAUGUUUAUUUUUCCUUUAUAUUGUACUUUUGAUUCAUCCUUUUUAGAAGUAAGCUUCUCACUUGAGCCAUCUGUUUAGCUUCUUACUCUUUUGUAUGGAUAUAAAGAUAAUUGUUUUGAAUUUAUAAUUUUCUUUUAUUAAAUUCUGGAUGAAAAAGCCUCUGAGAGUCAAAGCUGAUAUUUUUUUUUUUCUUUUUGACAAGAAUAAACACUAUUCUCGGAUAGCUACGGUAAAUAAACUGAAGGUGUCACUACAGUUAACCUUAUUCUCAUUAUGGUCCUGACAAAGAUGAAUUAAUGUCGUUGAGGAACUAAUCCAUCCAUGACAAUUCUUGUAGUGAGUCAUAAAAUAGGGCCAGUAACGUAUUACAAAACCAAAAAAAAUGUAUGAUGUAACUUCAGCCAUCUUUUUGAGAGAAUUUAUAGCAAUGACUUCGUCAACUACAUUUGGGACCAUGAAACCCUGACAGGGAGUUUGAAUUGGUGGUUUCUAAUUUAUGAUUGUUGUUGAGUGAAGUCUUUAUUGAUCUGAACAUGCAGACUUAUUAUGAGUCAUUACUGCGGGAAACCUGUUACUGUGAGGUGUGUCACACUCUGCGCAAUAUGUGAGUCAUUAAAAUUUUAUUUCCUCAUA